AUUUCCUGGGAUUUCUUGUUUGUAAACAUUACUCAGCUUUUACUACUGUUAGAUAGAUCUAUUCUUUCUAGAUCUAGAGCUAGAAAUCUAGAUCUAUGUAUAUAUCUAGAUCUAGAUCUAUAGAAUCUUGAGUCUAAUGAAAUGGAAAACAUAAAUAAAGCUCCCACACAGAGAAGGCCUCUGUUGCUCACCCAAUUCAGCCAUCCUAAGUUAGUGGCAUCAGGUCAUGAUCUUCUGUUGGAACCUCCUCAGAUCUUUCAAGAAAGUUCCUUCAAAUUUCUUCAAAAGCUUUAUCCUUCAUAUUCUUUGGAAGACCUGCUUUCAGAAGAUGCUAUUGAAGUUAAUUUAGAUGAAGAUGAUUUUUGUGACAAAUAUGACCGUCACAAUGAAUACAUAGCUGUCAAUGAUUUCUCUCUAGAGCAUCUCCCUUCUCCCAUCAAACAUAUCGCUGUAUAUAUCUGGCUAAGGAAUGUAGCCCCAUUUGUUGUCAGGCUAAAACGAGAUGGAAAUGCUACAGGCCGUAUAUGUAUUUUGGACCAGGAGAAGAACAAAAGUAAAAUCUGUGAUGACGUUCACUGCCAGUUCUUGGAGAAGCUGGGAAGAAACCACAAUGUCUAUGGGGGCCUUGGAAUCAUUACUAACAAACAUGUGAUUAAAAGUGAUUGUGAUGCAGCCAUGACACGAGUGGAUUUUUUCUACAAUGAUGAGAAUUCACCUCCCAUAUAUACAGAACUGGGCAACUCCUUGCAAUUGUCUGACACAAGGUUUGAUUACUCUGUUUUCUCAUGUUAUGUUCAUGACAAACUGUUACUAGAGAUGGUCAAAGUAUUGGACAGUAAGAGAGAUUAUGCUUGGUUGAGGAUACCUCCUAGGAUACGAACAUUGACUCAACAGUACGCCAUAAUUAUCUCUCAUCCUCAUGGGAAGGCAAAGAAAAUCAGCAUCGGGAUGGUUAAAGAGACUGAAGUGAAAGGUAAAAAUGAAUUAGCAAACAUCAGCGCAUCUGCUCUUAGAGUAAUUUAUAACUUAUGUGAGAAGCAAGGUAGCGAGGGCCUGAAGAGAUUUCUAGCAUAUUAUAAUUUACAGAAACAGGAAUUACCAUUUAGAAUAACUUGGUACACCACUGCUACUUGUAAAGGAAGCUCAGGUGCCCCGGUAUACAUGGGAAAUAUUGUGACAGAAAAUGGGCAAGAGAAAAACUUGGCCCACACUCACAGAGGUGUUGAUAAAAACAAACAUUUAAAUGUGUGUUUCACUUGAUGAACAGAUAAAGAAACAUUUUUUUCUGCUGAAUGAACACAAAGUUGUUUUUAAAUAGAGACAUUUUUAAUAAGAUAAUCUCUAACAUUGGUGCUCAAACUAUGGCCAGCUGACAGUUCUAUCUAUCCCCUCAAAACUUCUACCAACAUUUCGUAAUGAAUCCACAGAGGCUCAGUUUUAUUGACAUUGUUGGGCUGAUACAGGCUGUGACAUCUAUGUUCAAAUUUACAUGGCAGGCUGAAAAAAUUAGGGUAACUGGUAACACAGGUCUUAAACUGCCAGGGAAAGAUGAAUAUAAAGGAAACUUAACAAAAUGCUUUUUUUUUAUCAGAGAUAUACCACUCAUUUAUUUGCAUAUAUAUACUCUAGUCUUUAUAAGGUAGAACACUGCCAUUGGUAUUUAUGAUGAAUUGAAUACUUUUUAGUUAAGAUAAGAUAAGAUAAUUUUUAUUGAUCCAAUCAAAUGGAAAUACAGUUUGACUACAAUUGACAACUUCAACACUUUUUAGUUAAAUCUUAACUAGACUUUCUGAUGUUCAAAUGACUUGUAUUUAUUUUUUAGUAUAGAAAACCUCCCUAUGCAGCUGUGGAAAAAUGCCUAUCAGAAAUACGUUAUUAUCGUAGGUCCAUUCUUCAUGUAAUUUUGCUCAAAUUAAGGAAAACUUGACAAUUAUAAAUGUCAAAACUUCACCAGUCCAUUACUACAGGUCUUUCAAAUCUGAUCAGUCCAUAAGUGCAUUAGCGAUUAUGUCAUAGAAGUGUAACUACGUCACUUGCUUGUCAUUUCAUAUGAAUAAGAUAACAUCAUGUGUUACGCCUGAGAUUGGCAGCUACAAUACAGUAUUUUGAAAUAAAUAAAUAUAACAUAUCUGUAGUUAGAAGAAUGACAAGUGUUAAAAAUGAGCCUCACCCAAUAAUCAUUUGAUUUUAUUAUCAUGAAGGAAACAAGAUUGACAGCUGUGCAUCAGAUCUUUACAAUUUCUAGAAAUGAAAUGAAGCUUAAACUAUAGAAAUACAUGAAAUAUAUUCACUGGCCAGUCAAAUUAUUUCCAACUGGACAGUCAAACAUUUCAAAUUGGACAGUCGACAUUUUAAACUGGUCAGUCAAACUUUUAAAACUGGACAGUCUAAAAUUUCAAUCUGGGGUGUACACUUGAAAAAUGAUUUUAAAAAAAUGAUUUAAUGAUCAAGGGAAAAUGUGUGUCUGUGUGUGUUCUUGUAACUAUAGCUGGUUCAUUAUGAUAGAGAUUCAAAACUUGUUUGAAUUUUUGUUUUUAUAAUAAUCAUCUAUAAGCUCAGUUUAGGAUAUUUUUUCUUAAACAAAAGUCUUAUUUUGUUUACGAUUUUAUUUUUAAUGUUCACAUGAGCAAAUCAGAGACAGUUAUGUGUACAUUUAAAAUGCUACAUGAAACACAAGACUUUCUUUUUCCUUAUAUUGACUAGACAUUUACUUCAUAGCUGCUAUGAUUCUUUGUUAAAAUAACUCUCAAAUUGUAUUCAAGAGUCAAAAACUGUUCUGCAGUUCUCACUUUUUAAAUAAACUGCUUCAAACUUCAGCCGAGGUGUUUAUUUUCUUGAAAGCUCCAGACAUAACCAAACUUUAUUCUUAUAGUGUCUGGUCAUUAAACCAAAGCAUCUAUUUUUUUCUUUCUAAUACAAAUCAACAGUAAAUUUAAAUAAAUUUAAAAUAAUUAUCCUAAACAAAUGAAAAGUUUUUGUCAUUAGCACACAACAAAAAGUUAUAUUUACCAUUUUGGUGAGAGGGAAGUUUUGAAAAAAAAAUGCUUCCAUUCAUUUACAUGCGUUUUACUUUAAAGGUUUCUGUGAUUGAUUUUUUUGUUUUUAACUCUUGGCCAUAAAGUGAAUUUCUCUUUUUUGAUUAUUUCAAUAUUUUUUUUAUUUUUAUAAUAUAAGCUUACUUUAUCACUAUCAAUAGUUUGUUGUAUAAUUAUUUCUUGUAUUUUUUUUUUUAUUUGCUAUUAUUGUUAUUCACACAUAUUUGAAAAUCAGUCAUGGAUAGAAGCCAUUAAUAUCAAGGUCAGACAUUGAACUUGCUGAAAGAAAUUGUUUACUUUUUAUUGUACAAAUAUAUUUUUGUAUUCAAUUUUUGACUCAAACUUUUUAAUUAGUUCAGUAGAAAUGUUGGUCUCUCAUUUCAUUUCUUUUUAAAGUGAUGUCGAAUGAAGUUUAAUCAUUGUCACAUACAUUUAAUGUUGAAGUUUUGUUUAUGGGCUUUAUCAUUUCUAUUGAUGAAUUUAUUGGGCUUAAACAUUCAUCUUUUGUUAUUUUGUAUGCAUACAUCUCUUGCAUUCAUAUUUUGUAUGCAUACAUAUCUUGUAUUGAUAUUUUCUAUAUUUUGUUAUUUUUCAUUUGAGAAUUUCAUGUGGAAUAUCAUUUUAAAAGAUCAUUAACUAUAUAUAUAAUAUUAAUUGCCAACUCAAAUAUAUACAUUAAUGAUUCUGAUAAAGAUGACUAUUGGAAUAAAUUUUUGAACUUUCUCUUUAAAUGAAAUAUGUAAACAAUGGGAUUAUCAUAUGGCCUUUUAUAAUAUUUAUUUUUAUGUUUUUCUUUAUAAGAUGAACUCUAAAAAAGGUAGAAAUGGCAGGCAAGGUGAAAAAAACACAUAAUUUUCAUUUGUUUAAAAUGGAUAACAUACGACAGAAAAAUAAACGAACACGUAAAAAAAAAUUUUUUUAAUGUUCUCAUUAAAUUAUUUAGUGUCAGCCAAAAAUAAACUUAUUAAAAAAAGAUGACCAAUGUUAUGUCCCUGUACAUUAAGAAAUUGACCAGACUAUGUUCUGCAAAUAUUAAUUCUUUAUUAAGACCCAUCUUUGUUGUCACUUUCCCAUGUUUCUCUAAAAAUGUAGGCCAUAGCGGUGCUAUUCUAUACAUGACUCAAAAGUUUGGAACAGGCUGUGCCUUGAGUUUAGACAAACCACAUAGUUACUAUUGUCAUGAACAAUACAUUUUUGUUGACAAUUUAAUCCGAUGAAGUAAUACAGUAAUAAUGUUCUAUGCAUGUAAAUACUGUUAGUAUUUUUAAAAAUGUUGGUUUAUGUUAAAAGCUACUUAUGUUUUCUGUGUGUUUGCAAAUAGUGCUAUUUUUUUCUUUUAUUCUAUACAUUUUGGGAUAAUUAAAGCUAUUUACUUUCACUUACUCAGUAAUUUCAUCUUACUGUGAUGAAAAAUGUGGGAUCCAUUUCUGAAUUGAGAUGGCAGAUUUAUUUAUUGAUACCAUCCUAUUUUUAAUUUAUCAAUCUAGGUGCUACACAUCUAUACCAUACGACUUUUUAAAAUUUGCUAUGGCCAGUAGGUCAUGAAAUUUAUCAUUGACAUUGCUGAGGUUAUCACACACAUCUUCAAUUAUGGUUAGGAUUUUAAUUAGAAACAAAUUAAGACUUUAUAGAUCCUGGUAGGGAUUGGAUAUGAUUACAUAAGCUUUUUUCUAUUAAAAUUGCACAUUUCAUACAAAAAAACAACAACAAGAAGAGAACAUAUAAUUUACUUACAAAUUAAUUUAGAGACUAAAACACAUAGACAUCUUGCUAGUUUUUGAUGCUUCUUUCAACAAGUCUGUCCAUGUGAUGCAAUAAGCCUCAUUGAGAUGAUUAUAUUAUAUAUUUAAGAUUUUAAAUGAACGUUUAGUUUAUUCAAUGUUUGGCAUUUCUUUUAUGUCAGCUGAUUGACUUAAAUAUUUAACUUUAAAAAAAAAAUGUAAAGGGAGAGAACAAACUUUUUUCUACCAGUUAAACAAUGUUCUUUGCAAUGCAUCAGUAGAUACUGUAGGUGAGAAAAGUCACACAAUGAUAUUUAUUUGAAAGAUUUAUCUCUACAGUUGACAUUAUUGUCAACCGUUAGGUUCAGCUGAGAUGUUUUAAAAAUCUUUCUUUUUUAGUUGCUUUUAGUUUUAAAAUUAAUUUUUUAUUAGUUUUACAAAACAGACUAUUCUAACAGACUUUCUCAAGCUUUUUUCAUCUGUUGAAAGCUUUCAGUAUUGAGUAGGACAAAAUAAAAAUUAAAGAUAUAAAUAAAUGUAUAAUGUUAAUUUCAUUAAUUUAAUUUUUUUUUUCAUUCACUAUAAGGCAAUGCUAAAAAAAAUACAAAACUUUUUUUCUCAGAAAGAAUGGAUGUAUCACUCUAGUUACAUUUUAAUCACAUUAAGUUUAAUUUGACCAAUCUCAGUUCAGUUUAUGCAAAAUUUUUACACAUUUAUUUGCUCACCAAAAGGUUUGCUUCAUUUGUUCUGUUUGGGAAUGGUUCGAGUGAAGUAAAAAUGUUCAAACUAGUAUUUCUGUGAUGUUAGUUUGAGUGCAAGUUUCAGACUUGGUCAUGUGCAACAUCUUUUAGUUUUACUUUAGACUAUGACCCACCUGACCACAUGUGACAAGCAUCCAGUGGGUCAACAUCUAGUCUGUAAACCUUUCUGCUGUCUUUUUUUAAGUUAAAAACAUAAUUUUUUAGUAUGUCCACACUAUUUUUUUUUGCUCAGAAUAAUCCAACUGCUUGUAAUAAUCAAAAUUAGGUUAAGAUGACAGAAAAGUAAUUUUUUGAUUUCAGCUAAAUCUGUUUUCGUACAUCUUUUGGUUAACAUAAUCCUGAUGCCUAAAUCAUUUGUGAUCAUCUGAUGCUUCCUUAUGGCUGUAAAGAAUGAAAAGUCAUUGGUUUGCUCUUCGAGUUAUGAAAGUGUUUGGACAGUAUGAAUAAAUUAAACUGUAUUUAGUUUUAUGGUAGUACUAUACUUUUAAAACAAUGAAGUUCUUCUUCUCUUCCUCUCUCCCAUUGCUUUAUGGCAGGAAACAGAGCAUGCUUUCCACUGCUGAAUACCUCAACUCUAUGCCUUUUGCUCAGUUCUAAUAUCUCCCAGGAUAAUCUUAUGCCAAACUGUAAAGAAUAAUCUUGUGCCAAACAUAUCAUUAGUAUUUGUUUUAUGUUUCUUCAUCCUUUUUUUUUAUUGACCUGCAGGAAUAGUUUCUUUUCACAGCCAUAUUAUAAAACUUUUUCAAUUUGGUUUGGUUUCAAAUAUUUGUUGGUGAGAUGAGAAAAUUGAAUAACUUUGCAAUAUCGGUGACAGAAAAACAACAACCUAACCCUCUUUUUGAGACCCCAAUUCAAACAAUUUAUAUUUGAAGGAAAGAAGAGUAAACCCAUAACUGUUAUUUUUUGGGGUUGCUGCUCAGGUAGGAAUUAAUUAUGUGGUUGUAAUUGUAUAAUGUCAAGUAGAUACUUAGGGUUCGUCCCAUCCCUAUUGGCAAUUUCAUAAAAGAUUUGAACCCUAGGAAUCAGUUCAACAGUGAAGUCUUGUACUAUGUUACACUUGGGUUUUUAUUUUGAAAAGUGCUACAACUUAAAAAUACAUUUAUAUAUAUCACUUUUCUUAAAUGUUUUCAUAUUGUCAAUUUCAUAUUGUUGAUUUUUAUUUUAAGUUUUUUGUUUGACAAGUCUUUUGAAAUGCAGCAAAAUACUCCAAGUAUUGUAAAGAAUUUUAGUAUUUGUGUGAUGGUUAGUACCGGUACUGCUAGAUUUAUGGUGUGUGGUGGCAGAAGGUUAAUUUUGUUUUUGGCUCCAUUCAGGGGUCUCAAAUCAUCUUGAAGGUCAAGACUUUUAGAUUAGGAUUUGAAGUAACUUUAAUGAUGUUAAGGCAUCAGCUGCUGAUAAUGCUUGCUUGAUUCUUAUUUAUAAGUAUUGACCACAGAAACAUGAAAACUUCGCAUCACUUGAUUCUUGGAGCAACAAUUCAUAAAGCUAAAUGUAUUUCUGUUAGAACUCUGUCAUUUUCAAACUUCAAAGGAAUUUAAACUGUUGUCUUUUCAUUCUUUUCAUGUCAUUCACUUAUUCUAAUUAGAUUGUCAGAAGUUAGAGACUAGUUGUUUAUUGAGUGCCCUUUUUUUGUUUGUUUGUAGUGGUAUUAUUCACAGUGCAACUAUCUUAGUGCCAUUAUGACAUUCACAACUGCUGGGAAUAUUAUUUGCAUGUUAUAUAUAGUUCAGUGUGUUACUGUAUUUUAAUACCCACUUGAGAGUCUACACUAAUUUUGUUUUUGCUUACAAUUUAUAUUUUGUAUGUUAAAUAUUCAAUGUUUUAGUAAAAACUUUAAAAAUAAACCACCAAAUGUUUUUGUUCACAAAAAUUAAAUGUCAUUAUAUCGUGUUUGAUUAAUGAGUGCUUUAUUAAAAAAAAAGUUAUUUAAUUUGAUGACACCAUUUUAUAUUGAUACAUUUAAAUGAAGGGAUUAAAUUCACAUUCUUUUUGGAUGAAUACUCUGUUUAACUGGUCAAAAAAUUUUGCUCAUCACUUGUUUAACUCAUGCGAAAUGGUUGGAAUUUAAACGCAUUUUUGUUUUCUUUGAGAGAUGCAAUCAAUGUGACUCUGAAUUGAGAGAUUGUUUCUGUGUGAAAAUCCCUUGAACAUUUGUUUUGAUCAUCAGUUUCUAUUCAAAAUGUCCAUGUCACUUUGCUCACAAUGUUUUUAUUACAAUUUUUUGUUCACAAGUCUGUUUGUUGAAUUAACAAGUUAAAUGUUUCUUUUUUCGUUUCAAAUAAAAAUAUGGUCUGUCUGUGGGUUACAUUCAAACAUAUAUAUUGACGUGAUCAAAUAGUUUCUUUCUAGUGUAGUACAUCUGUGUAGUGUGUAUGAGUUGAACGAACUGGACACAGAUUGCAAAGUGAAAACUUCAGUGAAGACUUCUGUAAAAAUUUCAUUUCUCCAGUUUAAUACACCAACAUCAAAUUUGUUUGUGAGUCCUAAUGAAAUGUGUUAAGUAAUUGUGUUAAUCAAAACAAAAUAAAAUUGUUCAACAAAAGACGUGAA